AUAUAUGUUACGCUGUUUUGAACUCUCACGUUUACCAUAACUUAAUGAAUAGGUUUUAUGACUAUUUCCUUAGUGUGGAAAAAAUGGAGCCAUAUUUAAAAUGAAUUGUUAGGCAGCUAUGAUUGUUUAUUUCUUUUAUGUUUUUCAAAUGCAAUAAUAGCAGUAAUUCGAGCGCACCUGUUUGUCGUGACAAAAUUAUGAGUGGUUUUCGUCUUUUUUUUACUACUUUAGAUUAAUAGUUGUUCAAUAAUUACAUUAAUUCGGCGAACGAUAUGAAUGUCUUAUAUACGUCAAGAAAAUUGCAAGAAUUAUUUAAGGAUGACAAGAUCGCCUUACACUCGCACGCUUCAGGCGAUGGAGACGUCAUCCCGGGACGGUGUUGCCGGCUCUGCGGUGGGGAUACCAGCCUCCGAUACUUUGGGGACACUUACGUGUGGGAGGGAAUAGAGGAACGAUACGAUCAUCUCUUGUAUGACUGUUUUGGUGUUAAGGUAUCUCCAUCAGACUGCAUGAUUUGUGAGUGGUGCGUGCGCGCGUUGAGGAGCACGGAGCGGUUCCGAGCGCUCGUGCACGCCGCCUUUGAUCAGUCGCCGAGUGACAUAUCGUCAAGCGCAACGACAUUAAAAUCGGAAUUCUGUAUGCAACCGGAUAUAAAACUCUCGCCGAAACAGGAAAAGGAUAUCAAUAAAAAACCUUUUGAUUCGGCCAAGAGACGAGAAGCCAGGAAACGUUUUGGCGCCAAUGAGGCUAAAUCAAAAAGAAUUAAUAUUCCUUGUGAAGUUUGUAGGCAAAGAUACCCAAUGUUAGUCCCGAACGACGGCUAUAAGACGUUCAUAUGUUCCCGCUGCAAGAAGAACGGCGAGCUGAAGGGCUCGGUCUGCAGGAAGUGCAACAUCGUGAUGCCGGCCAGCAUGAUGAAGGAGCACCUCGAGUUGCACGCCAAAGCCGACCUGAGGGCCAAGUCCAGAUCUCGUCAACCCAAAAAGAGUCCUGUGCCAUUUGCGAACACCUUUAUAAAGCCGCAUCGGCCGCAGAAAUUCCAGUGCAGCCGUUGCCCCAAGAAGUACGCGGUCGCGAGGAACCUCGCGAUACACGUGCGGAACGCGCACGGCGAUAGUAUUGAUAACCUGUGCUCUGUCUGCGGCCAGUACCUGGAGUCCCGGGAGAGGCUGGAGGAGCACUUGGCUGAACACUCUGGCCUGCACCAAUGUGACGAGUGCCUCCUCAUCUUCAAGAACAAAAGGUCCCUAGUGUCGCACAGUCUCACGCAUCACAUCAAGUGCAGUAGCAGCUGACUUGUACACUUCAGUAAUAAAUGAGCUUCAGUCCA